AUGACUCUCCUCCGGGACCCCCCAGCCCAAGGCAAGUACACCGCCCUGAAGGCGCUGCUGCUGCGGCGUUACUCCCUCUCUGAUGCUGAGCGGGCCGAGAAACUCCUUUCCCUCGCGGGCCUGGGCGACGGCACCGCUCUCGAGCUCAUGGAGAGCAUGCUGUCCUUGCUGGGCGCGGAUGACGGAGGAUUUCUCUUCACCCACCUCUUUCUCCGACAGCUGCCAGCUCCAGUGCGCGCUGGCCUUGCCAACUCCCCGCUAUUGGCCACGAAGGAUUACCGCUCCCUUGCGGAAGAGGCAGAUCGCAUUCUCCUGGCUACCAGGAGUUUCAGCGUCCAGGCGAUUGUUCAGGACUCACCAGCGUUUUCCCCCGCCCCCUCACCGAUGCUCCAGGGGCCCUCCGACUCGUCCACGGUAGCCGGAAUCGCUGCACGGCGGCACCUUUCCAGACCCAGGGAAAUGGGCAUGUCAGCGCUCUGUAGCAACAAGGAAAGGCUGCUUUUCUUAGAGGACUCACGCUCGGGGAGGCGUUUCCUGGUGGACUCCGGCACACAGAAGAGCCUUCUUCCCCCGGCUGGCUCGGACAGGCUAGCUGAGGGCUGCGGGCCAUUGCUAACAGCGGCUAAUGGCUCUUCCAUCAAAACCUUCGGGGAAAGGUUGGUGACUGUUUGCUUUUAUGACCGUGACUUUCAGUGGAACUUUGUUGUUGCUGCUAGCUCUGUGCCUAUAAUAGGCGCUGAUUUUCUUUGUGCUCACGGACUGCUGGUUGAUGUUGCUAACAGACGUUUAAUUGAUGCUGUGUCAUUUUCCUCAUUGCCCUGUUUGACUCGGGGUGCUCAGCCCGUCGUGCAUGCUAACUCAGUAGAUUCGGGUGACGUUUUUCAGUGUUUGCUUUCUGAGUUUCCCUCACUCACUGUCCCCACUUUCUCGAGCACGGUGACGAAGCAUGGGGUGAAGCAUUACAUAACUACAGUAGGGCCCCCGGUGUUCGCGCGCGCGCGCCGCCUCGACCCUGCCAAACUGGCUGUCGCUCGGGAAGAAUUUGCCACCAUGGAGCGUCUGGGCAUCGUGCAGCGUUCGAAUAGUGCCUGGGCUUCCCCGUUACACAUGGUGCCUAAAUCUGAUGGUCGGUGGCGACCUUGUGGGGAUUUCCGCCGUCUUAAUAAUGUCACGGAGAACGAUCAUUAUCCCAUUCCCCACAUCCAAGAUUUUUCCGCCCACCUUGCGGGGACCUCGGUUUUUUCGAAAAUCGAUUUGGUACGGGGAUAUCACCAGGUUCCCGUGCGCGCAGAGGAUGUCCCCAAAACCGCUGUAAUUACACCUUUCGGCCUUUUCGAGUUUCUGCGCACCUUCCAGCGGUUGAUGGACUCGGUCUUGCGCGGGCUGCCCUUUGUUUUUGUAUAUCUUGAUGAUAUACUGGUGGCCAGCAGCUCGAAGGAGCAGCACAUGUUCCGUCUGCGUCAGAUUUUUUCCGCCGAGGGCGCGGUUCCGUUGCCUGACAAAGUCCGAGCUGUUUCGGAAUUUCCGCGUCCCACGAAUGUUAAGGCACUGCAGGAAUAUUUGGGGAUGGUGAAUUUUUACAACCGUUUUCUCCCCAGAGUGGCACAUCUGCUGAAGCCCCUUUAUGGGGCGUUAAAAGGUAAGAAAGCUAAUGACUCCGUUGACUGGUUUCCGGAAAGCAUCCAAGCGUUUUCUGAUGCUAAGUCUGCGUUAGCUAAUGCUGCCCUUCUGGCCCACCCAUCCCCCUCAGCGCCGAUUGCGUUGACCACCGAUGCGUCGGACAUAGCGGUGGGUGCGGUGCUGGAACAGCGAAUCUCGGGUGUCUGGCAACCCCUCGCCUUUUUCAGCCGUACGCUGUGUGACAGCGAACGCAAUUACAGCGUUUUUGACAGGGAGCUACUGGCGCUCCACCUGGCGACUCGUCAUUUCCGUUUUUUUCUCGAGGGUCGUCACUUUACCGCAUACGUGGAUCACAAACCCUUGACCUUUGCCAUGUCCAAGGUUUCUGAUCCAUGGAGUGCACGCCAGCAGCGCCAGUUGGCAGCAAUUUCUGAGUUUACCACGGACAUUCGCACGUGGCUGGUAAAUCCAAUCAUGUGGCUGACUGUUUGUCCCGACUACUCCGCCAUGGCUGCCGAUCAGAGCGGUGACCCAGACAUCCUCGCGCUUAAAUCCACCCAGACGGGCCUCAUACUGGAGGACAGACCCAUGCAGGACGGUGGUCCCCUGCUCGUCUGUGACGUUUCCACCGGCCGCCCUCGCCCAGUGGUUCCCGUUUCCUGGCGUCGUCGAGUUUUUGACUCGGUACAUGCUCUCUCUCAUCCGGGGGUCCGGGCUGCUGUUAAACUGGUCAGCUCUAAAUUUGUUUGGCCAGGCCUUCGCAAAUCUGUUAAGGAAUGGGCGUCGGCGUGCAUUCCCUGCCAGCGUGCGAAGGUUCAUAAACACACCAAGGCGCCCCUGGAGCAGUUCUUCAUACCCGGCAAACGUUUCGAUCAUGUGCAUGUCGAUCUGGUGGGUCCUCUGCCGCAGUCAAAAGGUUUUACGCACCUUUUGACUGUUGUUGACCGCACCACCAGGUGGCUGGAGGCGGUCCCCCUGGCGUCCACUAUCGCAGCAGUGGUGGCCAAGGCGUUUUUGUCGACCUGGGUCUCGCGUUUCAGCCCACCCGCGGACAUUACGUCAGACAGAGGCCCCCAGUUCAUUUCCGAGCUUUGGUCAGCCAUGGCUGAUGGACUGGGGGCUAAAGUCCACCGCACAACCGCAUACAACCCGCAGGCUAAUGGGACGUGUGAACGGUUCCACCGGUCGCUUAAGGCUGCUUUUCGCGCCUCCUUAAAGGAUGGCGUUUCACACGAACGAAUCGCCUCAGCAUUUGACAGCAUAGUUGAGGAGUAUGGCAUUGGCCAUAAAAUAAGCUACAUUCUGACGGAUAAUGCAUCCAAUAUGAAGCGGGUCUUUAAAGUCAGGAUGCCAGAAGUAGAGCACCCUGAAGGUGACAGCAGUGAUGACCUCGAUGAUGAAACAAUGUGGGAGGAUGCAGAAGAUUCUGAUCCAUGGUCAACGGGUGAACGUCUUUCUUGCUUCGCCCACUCGCUGCAACUUGUAAUCAGUGAUGGGAUAAAAGAGGUAAAGGCAAUAGCUAGUGCCAUUGCCAAAGCCAGCAAGUUUACAAACCUGCUGCACAGCAGUAGUAACCACAAAGACUUGUUUGGGGCACACUUUGGCUCCAAUAAGUCCAUCCCAGCAGCAAACAACACCCGCUGGAAUAGCACCUACAGACAGUUAAAGGCUCUGAUCACACUUGACCACAGGGCCAUCACUGAAAUGUGCAGCGAUACAGAGAAUUUAGUGUUUUCAGCCCGAGAGUGGGCUCAGCUGAAAGACCUUUGUGCUUUGCUUGAGCCUUUUUCUGAAGCAACAAGACUUACAAAAGGUGAUCAUCAGGUGACUAUUAGCAUGGUGGUCCCCACUGUUCUGGACUUGAAGAAUCAUCUUAUAAAGAUGGAAGUACAAAUGCCCCAGGUCGUAAGUAUAGUCAGGGCACUGAAAAGAUCCUUAGAGAAACGGUUCUCUGGAAUUUUCAGGCAGAUUUGCAUGGACGAAAAGGAUCCAGAAGAGCCGUUUAGCCAUCAGAUCUACCAUGCUUGA